CCCAAAAGGUCCUUCCCCUCUGUGCCUCUGGUUAAACUGGGGACUAGCUUUACAAAGGUGAAGGAAUUUUUGUGGCGUUUUGCCAGUAUUCCCAAUGUGUUGGAAUUGGACCAUCUGACGGUAUCAGGAGAUGUCACGUUUGGAAAGGGAGUGACACUGAAGGGCACGGUCAUUAUAAUAGCCAACCAUGGAGAAAGAAUAGACAUCCCUCCAGGAGCCAUUUUAGAAAAUAAAAUAGUCUCGGGCAACCUCAGAAUAUUGGACCAUUAAAAACUUGAGCAAUCUCACUAUAAAGGAAUGUCUCCAGAAUCUUGUAUAUAUAGGAUAUUCAAGUUCACAAUCUGGAUCCAAUUGCCUAUUGAAUGUGUUAUUCAUCCACUGACCGUAAGAAUAUUUGCUUAACUUUGCUGCCUGCUUUGAAUGGCGGGGUGUUUCAGAAAGG